ACCGGGGUGCUCCCCUUCCCUGAACCCUCACCUGCCUCUCCGGACCGGGUCGUCCCACCUGGCUCUCCCCCUUCCCAAACCAGGCUCCCACCGCGCGACCCACCUUCCCGAAUCCGUCUGAAACCCCCUGUGGGGACCUGUGUCCCUGUGACUCCACUAAAUUGCCCCUCACCGAACCCUCUUCUCCCGCCGGGGUCUGCCCUCCCGUUCCCCGCUCCCGCACCGAGCUGUGGCCCCGCUCCGCGCACCGGGCUCCGCUCCCGCUUCUCCGCUCGGUCUGCCCUCCCCGCCGAUGCCCGCACCGAGCUGCCCCGCUUCCCCUCCCGUUCCCCCGCGUCGGGCUGCCUACCCCCGCCGCCUCCCCGGCUCCCCGGGCAGGUGCCGGUGCCGCCGCGGGGCGGGCGGUGGGUGCCCCGAGCCGCGGUCGCGCACGGCCGCCGCACGCACACGCACACACACACACGUACGGGGGGCACACACAUGCACUCGCAUGCACACGCCCGGGUGCACACCGGCACCUGCCGUGCGACAGGGACCCCUCUGUGCACCCCUCGGCAGCGCCGGGACCCUCCGUGGGCACCCUGGGGGCUGCGUGGGGAGGGGCUCUGGAGAGCACAGAGCAGCACGGUGGGUUUUGUGUGCGGUCUGCCUGGAGGACGUGCCCUCCACAACCAGCAGUCCCCCGUGGGACAUGAGGUGGAGCUGGGCUGGGACACUGGGUUUGCAGCAUGAGCAUCCCCAGCCCCAAAGACAGCAGGGAGAGGUCCCAUAUGGACAUUGCCCUGACUGUCCCCAAAUUCUCAGGGAAAGUGGGGGUUGACCUGGGUUUGGGUCAGGUAUGAUAUACCCCAGCCUGGGACAGAGGAGUUGCUGACCCCUGCGGUCCCACCACAGUCCCGCUGGGCUUAAUGCCCCCCCCUUCACACACACACACACACACACACACACACACACACUCACACACGUUAUUUAUUCCAUUUUUCCUAGAGUAUUCAUGUCAGUGCCUGCACUUUUCUUCUCCCUGACCUGGCACCAGAGCCAGGCACGUGCCCCAGCAGCGACCUGCUGGCAGCCACACACUUUCCCUCGUUUGUUAGUACGACGUGGUCUAUUUCCACAUUUGGAGCAGUGCCUGGAGAUGUGGAUAUAAAUCCCAGCAAUAGCGGGUGGGCUGCUGACAGCUGCUGGGAAGGUUUGUCCAUCACUUUGCCAGUCCCUUCAACACCUUCACAUGUUUCCAGCAUCUCCAAAAGCACACCAGUGCUGCAGGUGCUGGGUGAGCUCAGUGCUGGGGCUGCAGGGAUGAUGUUUGUGCCCUGCACCCUGUCCCCAUUGUAUCCUGAACCCUGUCCCUGCACACAGUGUGUUCCUCUGCAGCCACACUGGGCUCUGUGUUAUCCAUAGUGUCUGGGCACUUCUCUGUGUGGAGCUACCAGAUGGGAGUUUCUUGCCACCUGUGUCAUGACAGGGCAGGAAUUUUCUCUGAAGUCUCUGUCAGGUACAGCUAAAAUGGAUAAAAAAAGGUCAGAGAGUUUUAGAGCAUGCCACACAAAUAAAGAGGUGUUUUCUGAGGGCUGGACAGGUGCAACACGAUCCAGGCACAGCACCUAUCCAGGCACAGUGUCUAUCCAUGAAGCUGACUGGAACACCCUAAACCAACACAUGGCACCUUCUCAGUCUCUGAGCUGCAGCAAGGGCAUGGAGAUCUCAUGGCAGGGGGCUUGGAAUGAGAUGAUCUCUAAGGUGUCUUCCAACCCAAACCAUUCCGUGACUUUGUGACUCUGUGGAACACAGAGGCUUCCCAGCACAGUGUCCCCAGAGAUGUAGCCAGAAGUGGGCCGAGAAAGAAGCAGAAUUAAAAAUAAAUGUAAGUGCAUCCUGACACGUUAACUACAUUUAGAGAGUCUUUAGUACCAACCCACUCCGCAGGAAGGCAAGAGAUGCUUGGAGACAAGUAGGUCAUGGGACACAGAUUGUCCCAAAUCAGCAGGAAAAGAUGGAUUUGGAGCAGGCAGGCAUAUCUCAGUGAACAGAUGGGCAGGAGCAGAUCUGCUGCCUCACCAUCACCAAAUUCCCUGGGAACACAGAACUGCCACCAGUUUGCUCCUGAGCAGAGCUGUGGUCAAGCCCUCUGUCCUGGAGCACCCAAGCCCCAAGGCUGCCUGUGCACCCAGGGAUGCCAAGGCCAGGAGCCUGGCCAGGAUGGGGAUUUGUGAGGCAGAAGCAGAGGCACUCCUGCUGUGGCUCCCACCUGCCUUCCUACAGGGACAGGGCUGAGCCUGCCAUGGGGUCAGGGCUCCAUGCUGCCCAGGGGCUGCUCCUGCACCCCAAUCCCGCAGCAGUGCUCGAGAGGCCACCUGUGAGGGAUGAGGUAGAGGGAUGCGUCCUGCUGGCAUCGCUGCUUGCACUGUGCUGCCCCAGGAUCCCAGUGCCAUUGCUGGAUGGGAGCUGGAGGGGACCCCAGGCCUUUGAAGGGUCCUCAGGGUAGCCCAAAAUCCUUCCUGAUCUUGAGGAUGGAGACUGGCAAAGGCCACGCCAUCCCCAAGGUGCUGGCACUAAGAGACGGGGAGGAGAGGCUGAGACAGCCAAGAUCUAUGCUGCCAGUGCAGGAGCAAAGAGAGGAGAGAGACAGCCAAGGUCAGAGGGAGCACUGCCAAAAUUCACAAUGAAACUGCAGGAGUGCUGGAGGGGAGAGACAGACGACUUGGAAAGAAAAGGAAAGAGGAGGGAGGGAAGGAGUCUGGGAGAUAGAACAGGGUGAAGGAGCCAGACGGGGAACCAAGGAUGGGAACAUGUAACUCCUCAGACAAAAUGAUUGAACAUGGAUGAGAGGGACAGCAAAUGGAAGCCUCAGGCAGGCAGAAGAGGACAGCAGGAGCAGGAAUGUGAUGGAGCUAGACAGGACCUGGCUCUGUUCCCUAAUACAGCCCAGUGCAGCACAGCCAAAUUUUGGGGAGUGCACAGCUGUCUGGUGCCCACUGGCAGUGCUGACCCCUAUCCAGCCUCGCCACCGAGGUGAUGUUUAAUUCCUGCCUCCUUAGCAUUCACAGCAUCCCAUGGCAGAGCGAGGACUCGCAGCCAGCACGGCUCAAGGUGACUCAGAGGUCAGGGGAAAAGCAGCCAGGCAAUUCAGGAGCUGGCUCUACAUCACUGAGAGAUCCAGCAAUUUGGGAGGACCAGAGAUCCCCAGCACAUCACAGCCUCCCUGCCUUGACACUGCCAGUUCCUGUGUACCCAGACACAGCAUCCCAGUGCUCCCCAUGGAUGAGGGGGUUUCUGAUUCAGCAAUCUGCUCCUGCGAGAUGCUGCCACCAGCAAGGCAGUUUGCUAUAGCUCUGCGAACCUCUGGACACUUACUCCUGGGGGUGGUGCGGAUUUACAACAGGAAAGUAAAGUACCUCUUGGCAGACUGCAAUGAAGCUCUGACCAAAAUGAAGACAGCCUUUCGUCCAGGGCUUCUUGACCUUCCAGAAGAGAACUUUGAGGCUGCUUAUCAGUCCAUUACAUUACCUGAAGAAUUUCAUGAUUUUGAAGCACCACUACCAGAUGUAAAGGCCAUUGAUGUUGCUGAACAUUUUACCUUGAAUCAGAGCAAAGCUGAAGAAAUCACACUUACAGAGGAUUAUGAAAGCAGCAUACUUCUCUGUGAAAGAAACUUUGAUGAAGAAGCAGAAGCCCUGAGGAGACAGAGCUUCUUUGAGGGCAGUGUCCUGACGAGCAGUAACAGUCUGGUGGCAGAUCCCAACUCAGCCAGCACCAGUGGAGACAAAUCUGUGCUGCAUGAAGAUGUUUACUGCUUCCAGGAUGACCAUUUUGGGGAUGAGGAGGAUGCUGCAGAUAUGAUUGAAAUCUUGUUGAGGGAUGAGCAAAAUGUCCUAGAUAAAGACAUUCUUGAUGAGGAGGAAGCACGUCCUUUGUCACAAGAUCUGCCAGAGAACAGCACAGCCAUUGAGUCCAACUGUGCAGACACCACUGUUAAGGAUGAAAAUCACACAAUGAACGAGACAAUCCUUUUGUUCCAGGAAGAAGGAUUUGUGCUUGAGCCAGUUGAUGAUACAGCUGUCACCCCGAGGAAGAAAAAACAAAGAAAGAGGAAGCUGCUGGUGGAUGCAGAGAAGGAGCUCAGCUGCCAAACCAUUUACAAGCAGCUCUCCAACUCCUCUGACCUCCUGGCCACGCUGGACCUCGCUCCCCCCACCAAGAAAACGAUGAUGUGGAAGGACUGGGGAGGUGUGGAUAAACUCCUGUCCCAUUCUUCAGUGCCUAUGAUUGAUGCUCAGCUGCAAAAGUUGUUUGAAAAAUGCUUCAAGACUGACAUAUUUAAGAUGAGAGCAAAUAGAAUAUGGAGGAUGUCUGAAAUGAAAGAAAUGAGAAAAGAGCAAGAUACUACAGAGAUGCUGCCAGUAGAAGAGCCAAGUUACCUGCAGGAGCCAGCUCAUUCUGAGACUGAGAGGAAAACUAGAAAUGAUUCCUUUAUGUUGACAUCACAGAAUGACAGAAAUGAAGCCAAUGAGAACUGUGGUGAAAUUAUAGAGGAUGGAGCAGCUUUCUCUGAGAGCUCCAAAAAUUCCCUGGGCCAGGAAGUUGAAGCACAGCAGGUGGAGGUGCCAGAGGAGCAAGCAACCACUGGAAAAGACAAUGAAGAAAUAAGAUGGGGCAAAAGAAGUCUUUGGUUACAAAAAACCUUACAGCAACUGAAGAGAUCAGGAGUGUCUUCCUUCAGUUUCCGGGAGCUCUGCCGCAGAAACAGCCGGAAAGAAGCUGCAGCCACAUUUUACAUCUUCCUGGUGCUGAAGAAGCAGCAGGUCCUCCAGCUGCAGCAGCCCAAGCCCUUUGCUGACCUCACAGCCACUGCUGGGCCCAUGUUUGACAAGAUCAGAUAAACUGAUCAAAACAAGCUUGGGUUGCAUUUUCCAGCAAAUUGUUUUUCUGGGAAAAGCAUGGAAUGUCUUGUCAAGCUGUGGGAGAUGAGCAGAGCUCCCUGCCCUCUACACCACCCAGCAUGACCAUCACCUGGUCCUGCCCCAGGUGAUCACUACAGGGCUUACUAUUAAUAUUUAUAGUUACAUAAUGAGUUAUAUGAUAGUUAUACAAUAUGUUAAUAAAAUACCACUAAAAUAUAUAUUCUACGUAAGGGAUUUACAUUGUGAAGCAUUUUAUAAAAGUCCUCCAAGGAAUUUUAUAAAAAUCCUCAAAGGAAUUUCAUAAAACCUUUCUCAGAGACUACCUUUGGAGCUUAAAUUAUUUUUGACAAGGCUUGUGUCUGUUAAUUCUCUAAUACCAUCAGUAAGAGUUAUCUGUUUACUCUCUAGCAAAAAAUUUUAGAUUAUUUAAAAUUGUUCCUGUCAAAGAAUGUUUAAUAUUUCAUAUUUUAAGAUCUAGCAGGGUACUGUCUCCAGUGUUGCUUUUGUGUGUUCAGGCAGACAGAGGUUACACUGGCCCUAGAAGAGUCCAGAAGCUGCAGACAGAAAUUUUAUUUCCUAGAAACCCUGCAUUGUCAGAUUUCACAGAGCUUUUUAACUUAUUAACACCUUUAUUCAUGUGUAGACCUAUUUAAAAAUGGAUGUUAACUGAAAUAUUAUUAGUUCUUUGCAUUUUUAUCUAAUUUAGGAUAAAUUUUACCCCUUUUACUGUCAUUUUCUGAAGCUCUUGGUUUCCAGCUGCCCCCCACCUGGAGGAGGGAUGGUUGUGCCCCACUCAGCUGCUUUGGGGACAUCAUUGUUCCUUCAUGUGGAAUCAAUAAAAAUCAGAAAAUGUU